AUGAGAUCCUUCGCUUUGCUGUCAAUAUCAGCGGCAUUACCUUUGAUCUGGGGACUAAACGUUCCUCAAACUUAUAUCAACACGGCAAUAGCUAGGACUAUAGAAUUAGGAGGAUUGACAACUCAAGUUACUACUCAAUAUAAUAUCAAACCUACCGAUAACAAUCCAGGGGAAUACUUCCUGGCUCUAGCUGGAGAAAAGGACGAGCUACCCGCCUGGUGGGAAGUCAGUCUGGGUGGAAAGAAGUUGGAGGGAAGACUAGUUGAUGAUAUCUCCCCAACAGUCGCUAUAGAUUUAGGCACAACCAAAAAAGAUCAGGUGAUAACAUUAUCUCUGAAUCAAGUAUUAGCUCAUACAAGUAAACCAUUACCUUCUGAGAUUGAACAAAAAGAUCCUCAAUAUUUAAGUUGGAAAUCAAAUUCAACUUAUGUGGAUAGUUGGUAUACUACGGAUGUUGAACGUGUCAAAAUCAGAGCACCACAUCCAUCAAUUCUCUCAGCCUCAUCAGUUCCAGAAACGUAUACUAGAGAUAACACCUUGACUAAAUCAGGAGGAACGAUAACGCUAGGUCCAUUCCAUUCAUUACCUCCAACUCUCAUCUCAAAUGGAGGAUCACAGAAAAAAGUCGAACAACAUCCUUUCUCAGUCCAUUACGAAACUAAAGAUCCUGUUAUUGGGAUUAGAACUCUGAAGAGAGCUGCGGAAGUCAGUCAUUGGGGCGCUAAUUUGAAUAUCCAGGACGAGAUUGAUCUAGUCAACGAAGGACCUAAACUCAAAGGUCAUUUCUCUAGACUUGCACACCAACAAUCUAAAUUUCACGCUCAUGUCCCCGCUCAGAUCUUGACUGAACUAACAUUAAAACUACCACCAACAUCACAUUCAACUUAUUACUAUGAUACCAUAGGGAAUGUAUCUACAUCACAUUUCAGACAAGGUUCAACGCCUGCGACCAAAAAACAACCUAAGGGCGUCAAGACAUCACCCAGAAUAGUGGAUGGUACAUUGGAACUGAAACCCAGAUAUCCCCUUUUAGGCGGAUGGAAUUAUUCUUUCACGAUUGGCUGGGAUACACCUUUAGGUGAUGUUUUGAAAACAGAUGAAAAAGAUGGGAAAAGGAUCUUGGCGGUCCCUUUCAUAACUGCUUUGAAAGAUGUCGUAGUCGACCAAGCGGAAUUAUUGGUUAUCCUCCCCGAGGGUGCAAGUGACGUUCAAGUAUACACUCCAUUCCCUGUAGAUUCAAUUGAACAUUCCAUCCACAAGACUUACCUUGAUACUACCGGAAGAUACGCUAUCACAUUGAAAAAGACUAAACUUACAGAAAACCAUGCUCAAAACGUAUAUGUUACCUACCACUAUCCCCUUUCUGCACAAUUCCAAAAACCAAUCACUAUAGCGUCAUUGGUGGGAAGUUUGUUCUUACUUGGUAUGGGGUUGAGAAGGGUGAAUUACAGCAUCGACAGAAAGUAG